AUGGCUCCUAUUACUAAAGAGUGUGAUUAUCUCGUCAUUGGAGGAGGUAGUGGUGGUCUGGCCUCUGCAAGAAGGGCUAGUGGACAAUGGAGUGCGAAGACAAUCGCUGUAGAAAGUAAUCGCCUGGGGGGUACCUGUGUCAACGUUGGGUGCGUCCCCAAGAAGGUCACCUGGAACGCUGCGGCAAUUGCAGAAACCCUACAUGAAGCCAAAGCAUACGGCUUCUCUAUCAAGGAGACCGCUCCUUUCGAUUGGAAAACCUUCAAACACAAGCGUGAUGCUUACGUCGAACGCCUGAAUGGCAUCUAUGCUAAAAACCUUGGAAACGAUCACGUUGAAUGGCUUCACGGCCGCGCUCGCCUCCGUUCGAAGAAUGAAGCCGAGGUUGUCCUCGACGAUGGCAGCAAAGAAACCAUUCGCGCUAAAAAAAUCCUACUGGCCACAGGCGGCCACCCAAACAUUCCGAAAAUUCCAGGAAGCGAAUUGGGCAUAACUUCUGAUGGUUUCUUCGACUUGGAAAAGAGGCCGGAGAAGGUGGCUCUUGUCGGAGCAGGCUACAUCGCUGUUGAGAUGGCCGGCAUGUUCCACCACCUUGGUAGCGAGACGCAUCUGUUCAUUAGACACGACAAGUUCUUGCGUAACUUUGACCCAAUGAUCCAAGACAAGAUCGUGUCCGAAUAUGAGCGCCAAGGUAUAAUUAUACACCGAAACUCCUCGCAAUCUGAAGUGGAAAAGCACCCUGAGAAAGCUGGCUGGUUGAAAUUGCAUUACUCAGACUCUGAAAAUAAAUCGGGUACUCUUGACAUUGACUGCCUCCUCUGGGCUAUUGGCCGUAACCCCGAAGUCGAAGAUCUAGGUUUAGAUAAAGCAGGCGUCAAGCAGAAUGAACGCGGCCAGAUCAUUGCGGACGACUACCAGAAUACCAAUGUUGACGGCAUAUAUUCCCUCGGAGAUGUCUGCGGCAAGAUCGAGUUGACUCCGGUUGCGAUAGCGGCCGGACGCCAACUUGCCAAUCGACUCUUCGGCGGCCCUGACUUCAAGAAUGCAAAGCUAGAUUAUACAAACAUUCCCUCUGUCGUUUUUGCCCACCCAGAAGUCGGCUCAAUAGGCAUGACAGAACCAGAAGCCCGUGAGAAGUAUGAUGACAAAGUCAAGGUAUACAAUACGAGUUUCACGGCAAUGUACUAUGCCAUGAUGGAGCCAGAUGAGAAGGCGCCUUCGAGCUACAAGCUCAUCUGUGUCGGUCCAGAGGAGAAGGUGGUUGGACUGCACAUUCUGGGAAGUGGCUGCUCUGAGAUGCUGCAGGGCUUUGGUGUAGCAGUCAAGAUGGGUGCAACGAAGAAGGAUUUUGAUAGCUGCGUGGCUAUACAUCCUACAAGUGCUGAAGAGUUGGUGACAUUGAAGUAG